CAAGUAGCAGUUAGAAUACGUCCAUUUAUACCUAGAGAAUUAGUUGAAAGUGAAUAAAGUUGCAUAAAAUGCGCGACAACAACAAAACUAAUAAUUGGUAAAGACAAAGAAUUUGAUUUUGAUAAAAUAUAUGACUAAGAUUCAUCAUAGUAAAAAAUUUAUGAGGAAACUGUUUAAGAUUUAGUAGUAAAAUUUUUUUAAGGCUAAAAUGUAACAAUUUUAGCAUAUGGUUAAACUGGAUCAGGUAAAACAUAUACAAUGGGUACAUCUUCAUAAUAAAUUUCUCCUGAAUACGAAUUAGGAAUAAUUCCUCGAGUAAUAAACGAGAUAUUUGAGAAUAUAAAAGAAACAGAAAAAGAAAUAAGAGUAUCAUAUUUCGAAAUAUAUAAUGAAUUUAUAAUAGAUUUGUUAGAUAUUUAAUCCAAAAAGAGCCAUAAUAAUAAUAUAUUUAUUCGUGAGGAAUCUGAUGGUAAUAUUUCACUUUAAGGAUUGAUUGAAGAACACGUGAAUUCUCCUCAAGAUAUGCUUUUAGCAUUAGAAAAAGGUGCUCUUUCACGAAGUACAAGUUCAACUUUAAUGAAUGCAUCUAGUUCACGUUCACAUGCAAUUUAUACAGUAUUUUUACAUUAAAUAUUUAAAGAAAAUAUAUAAGAAAAUUAAGAAAUUAAUAGUUUUAUUACAAGUAAAUUUCACUUUGUAGAUUUGGCAGGAAGUGAACGUAUUAAAAAAACAGGAGCUAUUGGAGCUACUUUAAAAGAAGGAAUUAAUAUUAAUAUGGGACUCUUAGCUUUAGGUAAUGUUAUUUCUGCACUUACUGAUAUAUAAUGUAAACAUAUCCCUUAUAGAGAUUCUAAAUUAACAAGAAUUUUAUAAGAUAGUUUAGGAGGUAAUUCUAACACUUUAAUGAUCGUAUGUGUCUCACCUGCUGAAAGUAACUUUGAAGAAAGUUUGAAUGCAUUAAAAUAUGCUAGCAGAGCUAGGAAAAUUAAAAAUAAACCAAUAGUCAAUAGAGAUCCCUAAAGUGCUCUAAUUAAUAAACUAAAAGAAUAAAUUUAAAUCCUAUAAUAAGAAAAUGAUUAAUUCAAACUACUUUUGGAUUAAUAUAAUAUUAAGGUGAAUUAUAAUUUCGGAACUAAUAUUAAUUUCAAUGAUAAAAAUGAGGAAAAAAUAAAAGAAUGCGAACUAAAAAUAAAGAAUUUGUAAGCAGAAAAUUCGACAUACAAACAGAUUAAUUAUAAUGCUGAAAUUCAACUUUUGACUAUUUAAAAAGAAAGAGAUUUAUAUAGACUUAAAUGGGAAAAUUAAGACACUAAUAUCGAUAUAAAGAAAGAUAUUGUUGAAGAAUAUUAAGAAUUAAAUUAAAAACUAAAAAAAUAAAUUGAAUAAAAAGAUAUGUAUUAUCGAGAAUUGUAAAUCGAAUUCGAUAAUACGAUUAAAGCUUCGCUUUAAGAUUAAUAAAUUUUAUUUGAAAAAGAAAAAACUAUUAGUAUGUAUAAAAAAGCAAUAAUAGAUUUAUAAAAAAAAAAUAGUCAAAUCAUAUCCUAAAAUGAUGAUAAAAAUACGACUGAAGAUUAAAACUAAUAAAAUCAACUGCCUGAUGAAGAUGAUGAUGAAGAAAUAAUUUAAAAUAAAUUAAAAGAAGAUCCUGAAUUUUUAAUGAUGUAAGAAAUUCAGUAAUCUACUAAAUAAAAAAUUAAUGAAGUUGAUGGUUCUAUUAAUACUUUCUAAGAAAAAGUUCAUAAAUUAAAUCUUGAGUAAAUAAAAAACCAAUAGUAAUUAUUAGAAAAAAUGAAAGACCAAUAUCAUUAAAAGAUUUCUUAGUUAGAAGAUUAAAUAAAAAAACUUGGGGGAAACAAAGAGAUGAUAAAUUAACUAAAUGAUUAUAAAAAAAAAGCGAAAGAAUAAGAAAAUCUGUAAAAAAUUAUUGCUAACCAGGAAAAAAAAAUAGCAGAAUAUUAAUUAGAAAUAAACAAUUAUAAACACGCUAAAAUAACAUUAUUUAAAUAAAUUAAAAAAAAUAAUGAAGAUUUUGAAAAAUUCAAAAUGAAAAAAUUCAAAGAUUUAAUGGCUGAAAAACGCGAGAAUGUGUAAAAGUUAAAAUAAAUAUUUAAAUUACAAAACACGAAUAAAAAGUAAGAAAUUUAAAUUUUAAAAAAAUAAGAAGAUAUAAAAAAAUUAAUUCGUUCGAAAAAUCUUAUCUAGAAGAUAUUAUAAAAAAAUAAAUAAAUAAAUUAAAAUAUCAAUAAAGGAAAAUCAGAUCAAAUAAUACUUUAAAAAAAAUAAAAAGAAUAACAAUUAUAAAACAUAUAAUUAGAAUUAUAACAAAUGUAACAAAAACUUAUCGAAUUAAAGUAAGAAACUUGUUCUUCUUUAGUUAUCGAUGAAGAAAAGACUAUAUAAUUAAAUGAAAUUCAAAAUAGAAUAGAAACUUUAGAAGAUAUGCAUUAAUUUUAAAAAUAAAAAAUUUAAAAACUAUACGAUUAAGAUACUUUUGUAUUUGAAAAUAUACAAAAUGAUAUUAUUAAACUAGAAGAUAUUAAUGUCCUUAAAAUUUAUCUGUAAAGUGCUUUAAGUUCUUUUAUCAAUAUUACUUCUGAACUUUUAAAAACUUAAGAUAUAACAUAAGUACUUGAAAUGUAAUAGCAAGAGUAUAAAGAAUAAAUUGAUAUACUUUAUUAAUAAAACCGAAUACUUGGUGAAUAAUAAUAAUAAUAAUAACAAAAAAAUUUAACAUUCACAUAAAUUAAUGAUUUUAAAUCUUAAUUCAAUUUAGAUAAUAACAACUAUGAAUAAAAUAACAAAAAACUAAUAUAAUAAUUGGAAUAAAUUCAUACAUCACAACAAUAAUAAUAGUAAUAACAAAUCUAAUAAUAGUAAGUAAUAUAAUAAUAGUAAGAAUAAUCAUAAAAAAUUAAAGAUUCACAAUCUAACUCUCCAAUAAAUUUAAAGAAAAGUUAUUAUUUUCAAGAAAACCAAUACGAGUAAUUAAAUAAUUUAUUAACCUCAUUAACCUAAAAUAACCCAAAUAUUCAGGCAUAAAAGAAUGAUGGAAAUCAAACAAUUAACAAUCAGAUUUUUAAUUAAGAUUAAGCCAUUUUUAAUUCAAUUUAUAAAUGGGAAUGUAAAUGGAAAAUUUAAGAUGCUCAUUAGUCUUAAGUAUAUUAAAUUUAAAGUCAUGAAAAUUUGCUUUUUUCUACUUCUGUCAAAAGUCUUAAAAUAUGGGAUAUUGAAGCCUAAAAAAGUAUCAGUGAUAUAAAUGCUCAUUAAUAAGGAAAUGUAAAAGGUCUGUAUAUUAUUUAAGAUGAAAAAAUGAUUGUAACAGCUUGUGAUAAAUAUAUAAAUAUUUGGGAUUUGGUAAGUUUAUAGAAAGUAUGUGCUUUAAAAAGUUCGAAUGAAGAUAUAAAAAAACUUCUUUUUUUUAAUAAUAUAUUACUAGCGGGUGGUAAAGGAAGUUAGAAUUCAGGGGCACUUGUAUUUUGGGAUCUGAGAAAAUAAUAAAUAGUCGAAGAGAAGGAAAAAAAUCAAGAUUUUUUUGCAUUAUUAACAUAUAAGAAUAUACUUUAUUGUGGAAGUAGAGAUCAUUAUAUUCGAAGAAUUCCUUUUAUUUAAGAAAACAAUACUACUUCUUUAGAACCUUUGUAGCCUCCACAUUAUGAUAUUGUAACUUCUUUAGCUGUUUUGAAUGAUAAUAUUGUAAGUGGAUCUAAAGAUCAUAAUAUAAAACUUUGGGGAACAGGAAAUUUUGAAAAUAAUUUAAAAUAAAUUUAAUACUCUAAUUAGUAAAUUUUAUGCAUAGAAUCAAAUACUUAAAAUAACUUGGUUUAUGUCGGAUAAAAAGAUGGAAAAAUCAAAAUUAUCACUACUGUAAACAAUAACAAGUUUAAGGAAAUUUCUGAUAUUUCUAAUGGACUUGUCUAGGUUAACUGUAUAAGUUAAAUUAAUAAUUAAUAAAAUGAGAGCAUUUUUGCUUGCGGAUCCAUUGAUAAAACUAUUAAAUUAUGGAAACCUACAUAAGAAUGUAAAGAAAACUUAUAAUUUUUGGAUUGA